AGGAGGCGGGAAAUUUCCGCGCAGGGGGAGCUCAGAGAUCGCGCCGACCUAGGUCCCCAUCCAGGCGCUGCGUGUCCUCGGACAGGUGGCUUCCCCUCUCUAAGCCCCAAUUUCCUCCUCGGUUAAACAAGGAGAGGGCAUUCGCGGGGCUGGAUUGAGUGAGAUCCGAGACAGCGCGCCCCGCCCUCAACAGGCGCGCGGCAAAUAGGCAGCCGCUCCGCCCCUCAGUCUCCUCGUCUGUGAAAUGGGAACCCGGUCCAGGAGGGCGAGGAACCCAGGACCCCAGGGGCUGCGGUGAGGGGCGGCGCGAGGGGUCCCCUCCCUCCGGCCCCCGCUUCCCCGCCGGCACCGCCCCCUCCCUGGUUCCGAGGCCGCAAGUCGGCCAGCGCGCAUGCCCGGGGCGGGGCGCGGGGCGGGAGCGCGGAGCCGGCGCGGGGGACGGCGGCGCUGGGUCUGCGGGUCCGCCCGCCAGCCCCGCCGGAGGCAGCCGAGGCCGCUCGGGUGGCAGCAGCGGCGGCAGCAGGAGCCGGAGCGCAGCGCGCGGAGGAGCCAGAGCGACUGCACGGCCGGAACCAGACAGCAGCCUGGGGCCCAAGCAUGGUCAGGAGGGCCGUUGGGCAGUGCUGAAGACCCAGCCUGGCUCCAGCUGCUUCGAAAGGACUCCAGCCCCCCAGGACCCCAGCCCACAGCCCUCUGCUGCCCACAGGAUGGGAGCCUGGGGGCUAGGAGCCUGGCCAUGAGGGACUGCUGCCCCUCCCAGAAAAAGGCCAGCCCUGCACCCCCCAGGCACACCCCUGCCCAAAGCCCAGGCAUGGACUCUAGACACAGCAGCCCCAGUGGAGCUGGGGAUGGGGCCUCAUGCUCUGAGGGCCCUGGCGGGAGCUUGGCCUACCCCUCCCUGACCUGCAUCCCUUCCCAAGAGGCAUUGGGGACACAUAGAGCCUCGAUCUCAGGGACACCAGAAACCACCUUCUCUGGGAGGCCAGAGCCUGUGUCCUCAGUGAAAACUGAUCCCUCAUCCUCGGAGAACAGAAAUCCUGUGGAGAUAAUGGAUUCCAAGUCUUCAAAGCAGGCAGAUUCCACUUCCAUAGAAAAGGAAGGUGCUGGGUCCUUGAGAAAGGCAGAUCCUACCUUUAUAGGAAAGACAGAGCCUACAGUCUCAGGAAAGGGGCAUCCUGUGGCUUCUGGAAGGAUGGAUCCUAUGAGCUCAAGAAAGGAAGAUAGUGGAUCCUUGGUAAAGGUAGAGCCUACGUGCUCUGGCAAGGUGGAUACAGUGUCCCCAAAGAAGGAGGAUCCUGGAUCCUCGGCCAUAGUGGAUCCUGCAUUUCCAAACAAGGAGGAGCUUCCUCUGUCCUCAGAAGAGGUGGGUCCUGCAUCUCCCAGAAAGGCAGAUCUUGUGUCCCUGGGAAAGAGAGAUCCUGGGCCCUCAGGAAAGGUGGAUUCCAUGUCCUUGGAAAACAUGGAUUCUGCAUCUGCAGGAAAGACAGAUCCCAGGUCCUUAGGAACACUGACUCCAGGCUCAUCAGGCAAAACUGAGCCUGUAUCCUCUGGAACAGUGGCUCUGGGGUUAUCAGGAAGGGUGGAUCCUACAUGGCUGGAGAUGACAGAUCUUGCAUCCAUGGGAAAUGCAGAAACUGUGUCCUCUGCAAAAGAGGACGCUCAGUUCCUGGGGAAGAUGGAUCCUGCCUCCUCAGGAAAGGGAGAUCCUGUGUCUAUGAGAAUGAUAAGAACUGUGUCUGCUGGACACGUGGAUCCUGUGUUUUCAGGAAAGAUGGAUCCCAUAUCUUUGAAAAAUGUGGAUCCCAUGUCUUCAGACAGGGUGGGUCCAGUCCCUUUGGGAAAGGUAGAUCCUGUGUCCUCAGGAAAGCCAGAGCCCUUGUCUCCUGGGCAGGCAGAACCGGCGUCUGUGGGCAAGACAGAAACUGUAUCCUCAGGAAAGGAGGACCCGGUGUCCUCCAGAAAGGUGGAUCCCAUUUCUGUGAGAAACGCAAAAACAUCAUCUUCUGAAAAAGUGAAUCCUGAAUCUUCAGGAAAGAUAGACCCUGUGCCCUCAGGUCCAGGGAAUCCGGAGUUCUUGGGGACAGUGGGACUCUCCUCCUCUGUAAAACUUGAGGCAGUGCCUGGGGGGAAAGCAGAUCCGCUCUCCCUGGAGAAGGCAGGUCCUGUGGCCUCUGGAAAGGUGGGCCCCACAGCCUCAGGGAAGGCUGAUCCGGCCACCUUGAGCAAGGAGGAUCCUGUGAGCAGGGAGAAGGCAGAAAUUGUUCCCCCUGGAGAAGUGGACUCUGUGUCUUCAGGAAAGCUGGCCCCUGUGACCCUAGGAAAAACAGUCCUGGCAUCCUGGGGAACAGCAGAAGCUGUCCCUGAGGGAAAGGUGGAUCCUCUGCCUCUAGAGAAGGGGAAUCCUAUGAACGCCACAAAGGUGGAUCCCAGGGCAUCAAGGAAAGCAGAACCCAAGCCUGAGGGCAGAGCCGAAACAAAGCCCCCUGGGCAGGAGGAUCCUGCUUCAUCAGAAAAAGCAGAGGCUGCAUAUCUGCAGAAGCCACUGGCCUUGGACAAGGGGGAUCCUCGAUCAUCAGGAAAAGCAGACCCUGUUGCCUCUGGGAAGGUGGAGCCUGUGGCCCUGGGGAAGGCCGACUCUGCCCCUCCGAGAAAAGCAGAGCCCACACCCUCGGGGAAGGUAGCCCCCCUGACUCUGGAGGAGACGGAGGCCCCCUCCAUCAGGCAGUCAGAUGGUAAACCCUGCGGCUCAGCUGCCUCUCCCGCGGGUGCUGGGAGUGGCGGGGGCCGCGUGGAGCCAGCGUACAGCAAGCAGGCCCCUAGCCUCGGCCAGAAAGCCCCGGCGGCCUCUGGGGCCGGGAGAAGCCCUGGCCCGGAGGCUGCAGCGCCCCCGCCAGGGCCGCGGACUCGCGACAACUUCACUAAGGCGCCGUCGUGGGAGGCGAGCGCCCCGCCGCCGCGCGAGGACGCAGGCACACAGGCGGGCGCGCAGGCCUGCGUGUCGGUGGCCGUGAGCCCCAUGUCUCCGCAGGACGGCGCGAGUGGCCCGGCCUUCAGCUUUCAGGCGGCGCCGCGCGCGCCCAACCCGGCGCCCAGGCCGCCCUCGCGCCCCCUCAGCUCCACCCCCUCCCAGUCACACCGGGUGACCUCGGAGACCUGCUCAGCACCCCCACCCCCAGCCAUGAGAGCUGAGGCAGGAUCCCGAGAGGUCCAGACUGGCGUGCGGGGACUCCAGUGGCAGCCAGACAGGGAGGGCAGCUGCGGGAGUCGCCUGGGGGGCAGCUGA